UCCGUGUCGUCCUGCUUUACGAUAGCUGUGUGACAAGGAAGUUAACUGUCUGCAGAGUUAUUUUGGAAAAGUCUGGCGAUGUUUUCAACCUGAAGGCAAACAAAAAAAAAAACGAAAUGACCUUAAAUACGACAACUUUGACGACUAUCACACGCGCCAGCUGAAGGAUAUGACAAUAACCACGAUGCGAGAAAAAAUAACACAUUGUCAACAGUUUUCGUUCCCAGCGCCAGCUAGCUACGUAGCUACGCUAACUUAGCCAGAAGCUAGCUAGCUACGUAGCUACGCUAACUUAGCCAGAAGCUAGCUAGCUAGCGAAGCCAGUUUGUCAGCUUUCAUCCUGGGGGAACAACAUGUGUUGAGUGCGAAGGCUUUAGGGUUAUAUUCUUAAAAUUCCUAUGUGACAUCCUAACAGUUGGGUUCCGUUUCUAGACGCUGAGUCAUAGCUGGGCUUCCGUCGGUUAAACACACGAUGUGGCUUCAGCAAAGACUGAAGGGGCUGCCGGGUUUGUUAUCAAGCAGCUGGGCGAGAAGAGUCCUCAUAGGACUGCUGCUGUUCCUCAUCUUCUACUGGUACCUGGGAGCGGAGCGGAGAUGGAGGCUCUUCAGCGGCUCGGCCAUGCCCGGCGGGGCCGCGGGACAGUGCCUGCUGGCGGAGAUCCACAGGUGGAAGUCUCUCGUGGAAAGAGGAGAGGGGAUAUACAGCACGCCUCAGGAGCAACUAGACACACCUUUUGUAUCAGGUAACGGCCAUAUCCUUAUUGACAUUGACUCUAACAAACUGUGGGUGGCGUCGUCUUCACAGCCCGGCUCGGCUCCGGUCCACCAGACCGAGUACUCCCCGAGAGUGGGCGUCCGUCUGGAGGGGAAGCGCGCCGAGGCUCAGGCCACCAUGCUGUGGUUCCGGAAAGGAGCCGUGCUGUCGGUGCGCUGCGCUUCCCCUGCCGCUCUGCAGUCGGCCCGGGACUGCAUCACCAUCAGAGAGGAGUUUAUCGCGCACAGAAGCAGACCUAACGUCUACCUCCAGCGAAUCCACGUCAACAACCCGUCCGACAAGGCCGCCUCCUUGGAAGUCAUCUAUAGCAAGCCCUCCUUCGGGAGCAAGUUCUCCUCCAGCGUGGAGAAACUGGAGGACCGAGAGAUAGUGCUCUCCUCCGGCCGAGUGCCCGUGGAGAAUAAUCGCAUGGUUCUAGUGGUCGUGGUCACCAAGAAGCUGAACGGCAGGAUCCAGGUUCCUGCCAAGUUAGAGUACAAAGACAACAUCCUGUCAGUGGUGCGGACAUCGGAGCCCAUCGAGCCCUCCAAGCUGGAGGAGACCUUCACCGCCCUCAGAGACGGAGCCAAGAAGGAGCUGGCCGAGCUGCUGAGGGCCAGCGUGGACGAGCUGGUUGUAGAUCACCAGCAGGCCUGGAUGGACCUCUUCAUUUCAGGCGUUGAAAUGCGGAAGAUCACCGACUCCCACACCCCGUCGAGCCGCACGGUGAACACCACCCUCUACUACAUCCUGGCCUCCUCCUGGGCUCCUCUGCUGGACCGGACUCUUACGGGCGAGGACCGCUUGCGCCUCGAGUCCAGCCUGAACUACGCGGACCACUGCUUCAGCGGCCACGCCACCAUGCACGCCGAGAACCUGUGGCCCGAGCGCGUGAGCAGCGCCGCCCAGAUCCUGCAGCUGGUCACGCUGUGGACCCUGACCCUGCAGAAGAGAGGCUGCAAGGUCCUGGUGGCGGCCGGCGCGCACGGCGCCGUGCAGGGCGUGGCGCUCAGCUUCGGCGGCCUCCAGUUCACCGAGAACCACCUGCAGUUCCAGGCCGACCCGGACGUGCUGCACAACAGCUACGCGCUGCGCGGCAUCCACUACAACCAGGACCUGAUCAACCUGGCCGUGCUGCUGGACGCCGUGGGGAAGCCCUUCCUGCACGUGUCGGUGAAGCCGCAGGAGAAGCCGGUGAAGCUGUACGCCUGCGAGGCGGGCUGCCUCAACGAGCCCGUGGAGCUGACGUCGGAGCCCAAGGGCCACACCUUCCCCGUGAUGGUGACGCAGCCCAUCACGCCGCUGCUGUACAUCUCCACGGACCUGCGCCACCUGCAGGACCUGCGCCACACGCUGCACCUCAAGGCCAUCCUGGCCCACGAGGAGCACAUGGCCAACCGGUACCCGGGCCUGCCCUUCCUGUUCUGGUUCAGCGUGGCCUCGCUCAUAACGCUCUUCCACCUUUUCCUCUUCAAGCUCAUAUACAACGAGUACUGUGGGCCCGGCGCCAAGCCCCUCUUCAGGAGCAAGGUCGCCCACAAAAGUGAGGACGACUGCUGUGACCCCAGGAAUGCUGCUUGAGCAACGCGUGUUGAAUUCAACGUGUGUGUGUGUGUGUGUGUGUGUGUGUGUGUGUGUG